AAUCAGUACGAACUCGGUUCCCGCCAGCGUAGUAACUGCUUCGCCGACGAGCGCGUGAAUAGUUUCCAAACGGUUUCCAUACCAGAUAAUCAAAAUAGGAAAUAAAUAAGACCCAUAGCCGAUAUCCGUUGCCUGGAGUCGCGUCCAAAAGUGCCUUAUUACAAUUUAUAGAAUACGCAUAUACGAGUUCACUGCCGCAGCCAGAAACAAAAGAUUCAAGCUACAAACCGACAGAUACAAGUUACAAGUUGACGCUCAGCGAAUGCGGAAGUGAGCAAAGCCGGCGGCUUUUUAAUAAUUUUUUGCGCUUCGAGUGCAAUUAAGGCAAAAGGACGCAGUUAACGUCCGAAAACAAAAAUAAUAAGAAAAACAAAAAAUGCUAAACGAUCUUUAAAUGUUCCCCAUCAUUCGUGCAAACAAAAGAAAACAAAAAGUGGAAGAAAGUGAUCGAGUGCCUUCAUUUGCAUAUCCUUGCAAAUUAAUUCAAUUAAAGAGAAGAAAUAUUAUUGAAUAAUACGAAAACGUGCAGCAAUUUCUGUUGUUCCCAGUGCCAUGUCAAACAAAAGUAUUCAAUAAUAAUAUUCAAUAACAAAUCCCCAAAACCGAAAUCGCAGCCUUAAAUCGAAGUCCAUCGAAGUUGAUUAAUCAUUGCGCCUUGAACUGAUCCGUUCGUGACUCGUGAGUCAGAGCAGCGCCACUUAAUUAUCCGCAAAUAAAGUACGGAUUCGAGCCGCAAAUUAUCGGGCUAAAUAUUUGGCUGCCAAUUGGUAGAAUUGGCAGAACCCCGGCCCUUUCCCUUCCUCCGUCCCGUGAAGCUUCAUGCGAAAAACGCCGCUUAAAUGCAUACGGAUAUCAUAAUUGGUGAACAAUUUGCCGUCAACAACAAUUAUUGGGUGAUGCAGUCCCCGGAACUAGACUAUCGGCACGAGCUGAUGGGACGUCUGCAUAAAAUCGAGCCCGCCGAUGUUGAACUCGAGGUUCUGGCAGCCGCCGCUGUAGCCUCCAACAACAACAAUAGCAGCAGCAACAACAACCACAACAGCAACAGCAGCAGCAACAGCAACAGCAGCCAAACCCCCACCAGCAACAGCAACAGCCUGCAGCAUCAGUUCCACCAUCACCUGCACCACCACCACAACCACUCGCACCAGCACCACCAUCAGCACCACCACCUGCACCAGCACGCGCAUCCGCACCACAGCCUGCAGAGCGGCGACAGCGGCGGCGGUGCUUCGGAGGCAUGGUCGCACCACUCGCUCGCAGCCACCGCAUACCCCACCGAUCAGUCGCAGCAACAGCAACCGCAGCAAAUUCAGUCCGCCGGCUCCCCGAACUCGAACUCGAACUCCGCCUAUGGAUGUGCCCCGCUCUACGAUGGGGCGCCCUACGAGGUGGCUCUGGGCUACGGCGGCGGUGCGACGGUGGCAGGUGGCGGCGCGACGGGUGCCACCAGCGACAAGGAGUAUCUAUAUGAAACCAAAAACAAAGAGGCUCUCUAUGCCGAUCCGCUGGACGAUCCCUAUCAGCGACCUGUGCUCUGGGACGAUAUUACUACCUCAAUCCAAAAUAUCGACCCGGAGAAUGCGCUCAUGCUGAGCAGUAGCAGCUCCAGUAGCAACAACAACAACAACAAUACCACCAACAGCAACAAUAACAGCAGUAGCAACAACAACGGCGACAACGCGACAUCGCAACUGCCACAGGUCAAGAUGGAGGCAAUCGAUGAGAGCCUGCUCGAGACUUUCUCAACGCCGCUGCUCAGUCCUUUGGAGAUAAAGACGGAAAAGCAGCAGCGACAGCAGCAGCAACAGCAUCAGUAUCAGCACCAACACCAGCAGCAACAGCAACAGCAGCAGCAAUACCAGCAGCAGCAACAGCAACAGCACUAUCAGCAACAUUAUCAACAGCAGCACUUGUACCAGCAUCAUCCGAGUCUGGCGCUCUCGGGCUUGCCACCCGCUGUCGAGGUGGUGGAGUUGCAACUCCACCAGCAACAGCAGCAACAUCUGCAGCAUAGCGGCAGCAGCAGCCCCAAGCUGGCGACCCCCGGCGACAGCGGGAGCACCGGCAACAGCAGCAACACCUCCUCCUAUCAGCAACAAUACGCAUCUCAAUUGGUCGGCGGGUCGGGCGGCGGCAACUAUCUGAACGGUAGCAGCAGCAACUCCUACGGCUACAGCUGGCACAGCAGUCAGACCUUCCACACCAAAUACCAAAUACACCCGCCAUCAGCCGCCGCAACAGCCACUGCCACGCCCACAGCUCAACUCGGUGCUCAACAACAACAGCAGCAGCAACUGCAGCAGCUUUGUCCCCCGGCGGCACCCAGCACCCCCUCUGCCAGCUCCUCCUCCAUCUCAUCCUCGUCGGGCUCCUCCGCCAGCCGACACAUGUUCGUGCCGCCCCUGACGCCUCCUAGCUCGGAUCCCGGAAGUCCUGGAAGCUCCAUGGUGGCAGCUGCCGCUGCAGCAGCCGCCCAACGUCGCACCACCCCACCGCCACCCUACCAGCAAGGUCAUCCACUAGGCGGCUUGUGCCCCAGUCUGGUGAACACGCCGCCCACCCUGCAACUACUGGGCGGGGCAGUGGGUAACCCCAAUGGCUCCACAACCGUGCUCACCCCCCUCACGCCAGCUAGUGCCAUUGCUGCAGCUCAACAAACGCAGCAGCAGCAGCAACAGCAACAACAGCCAUCUCAGCAGCAACCGCAGCAGCCACCACCACCGCCCCCGCGGUCAGCGGGAGCCGGGAGGCGUGGCCGGCACUCGCACCACCAGCCCGGAACGGCGGCGCACAUCGCCAGUCUGAUGAGCGUACGCACGGUGCGGUACAACCGCCGGAACAACCCGGAGUUGGAGAAACGUCGCAUCCACCACUGCGAUUUUGUGGGCUGCUCCAAAGUUUACACCAAGAGCUCGCAUCUGAAGGCCCAUCAAAGGAUCCACACCGGCGAAAAACCCUACACCUGCCAGUGGCCGGAAUGCGAGUGGCGCUUUGCAAGAUCGGACGAGCUGACCCGGCACUACAGGAAGCACACCGGAGCCAAACCCUUCAAGUGCAUCGUGUGCGAAAGGAGCUUCGCGCGGAGCGACCACCUGGCGCUACACAUGAAACGCCAUUUGCCCAAGAACAAAUGAGGCAGAGCCACUAAUAGCCACAAAAUUAACUAUACCACAAUCCAAAGGACUUUAGCAUAGAUAAAAUGAAUUCGUUUAGUUGAAAGGUUAACUACUACAUUGUACACAAACUAUUUUAGAGAAAGCUAACCAAUGUAAUCGGAACGGUAUAGAUCCCACACAUAGAUGUAUGGAGUAUAUACCAGCUCCAACUCAAUUAACUCAAAUGCAAAGUACGUUUAAGUAAAUGAAAUUACCACCUGCUUAAAGAAAAUCCUAUCUACCAACUAACCCGCACGAUAACGAAGAUAUAUCUUAGCCGUUCAGCAGCACAAGUACCCACAAAUCGGAAUAGUUCUUACAGUAGGCUAAGAUGCGUGUAUAAAAUCAAAAACAAUUCUUUAGAUUUACGUAGAUGUUUACUUCGAUAUCUUCAAUUAGGUGGGUGAUUGCCACAUAAGCUUAGCAAACCCCCUGUAUGUAUUU